AUGGCUAAAAGAACCUUGUCCACUAAAUCACGCGGACCACAGUCCACAACGGCUAUCUCUAGCCCUGUCUUUGAGCGAUCAGAUGCGCAACCGCGCAAUGAUCUUCAAGAUCUGACCAAUGGAUCGACUAUGAACCGUCCAGCAAAUCAGGCACACUGGAAUUUCCAGCGUCCAAGAACUUCAGAAGGUCGCCAGCAAGCCAAAAAGCCCCAGCCCAACGGCUCUGGGUUCGAUUUUCGCAUUGCUGUGCCUCCUGCCGAGGCUGUGUCAUCCCCAGUAGAGUCUGAGAAAGGCCAUGGAGAUAACAUGAUUGGCAUUGCGUUGGGUAGUCCUCGGAUGGUGGAGUCGCAGAAUGUGAUGUCGCAGAUGCAGGAAAAGGCUAUCAACACCGUGGCGGAGACAAAGCGAUCGCCACCAAUCCAACGGAAACCAAGUAAAUGGAAGAAGAUUGGAGGUCUAUUCAGAGCGAAAAGCGCCAUGAUGCCUCCUUCGAACCAGCCGUUUUAUCAGGUCCGCUCCGACAAUGAAUGGCCCCUGCAGGGCUCUUCCCAUUCGGUUGACUACCAGGCUCAGCGAAAACCCGAACCCCAGGCUAAACCCCUAUCAAACACGGAAGUUUGGCCAUGUCUGGAGCCCGAGGCCAAAUCUGAGGCCAAAUCUGAGGCCAAAACAAAGGAAAAGAGCCCGCAGAAGACCAAAGGAAACCGGGAUGGGCCUCAGACUAGCCCUAAGAGCACUCCAAAAACCAAUCCCACGAAAAGCCCCAAGAACAGUCCUAAGAACACCCCCGAAAAUAGCACUUCGAGCGGCGACCAAACUGCCGGCCAAAGGAAAUCCAAUCCCGGACCGCUGUUGCAGGUCGAAAUACCUGAUGUCCAGAUGGAAAGGUACAGCGUUAUGUUUGGGGGUUUGUUAGGAAAGAGUCAGCCCGAGCCGUCGAAUCGCCGGAGCAAGACUCUGGAGGAUAUGGAGAUUCGAACAGCUCAGGAUCCACCUGCUUCCCCAGAGUUUCCCCCGCCUCCACGACGGGCAACGUCACCAACUCGUUCGAAAUCCCCCAGCUUCACUUUGUUUCCGUCCACCCAGGUCAGCAAAGCCUCCAAAGUCCUGGGAUCCCAGAACCUACCUCGAGGCCCAAGUCCUCUUCACCGGAGCCAAACGUCUGUGGCCGAAACACGUCGGGAUAGCUCAGCAACUGAGCAGGAUCACGUCCUACUCAUGGUACACAGCCCUGCAGCAAAGUCUUCGUCGCAUGGUCCUAAAGACUCGGUGUCGUCAUUCCUAUCGUCUACGUCUAUUGGUUCAGAUGAUGAAACAUUCAUGCUGCAAAGGCUCAAGUCAAUCAGAAGCUAUGUGGAUCCCAAGGGGGAACCGGAAUGGGAGAUUAUCAACAAGAAAACACCCACGAACGAUUCGAAGCAGAAACUAGCCCAGACGCUUACCAUCAACACCCAAGAGUUGCCGCCUGCCGAACCGGCGGACAAUGAUUCGGCAUCUUCAUCCCCGAUCCUGACGCCUCUCAACGCUGCUCGCGACCCAGGCUGCCGAAUCAUCUCCCCAUCCGGAAGCAAGCCGGCCCUCUCGCCGGCCGAAUCCACUCGCAUGCCGCUCGCCGAUGACAACAAGGACUUCCACGCCACCGAAUCGUUCGAUCCAGAACCGUUGGACGCUAUCCCUACCGUCGAGGUCUCCAUCGCGAGAUCUGUGUCCGUGUCCCGAGGCAAGAAGCAAACGAUCGUGCCGAUCAAACCUCGAUCAGAUCGAUUGACUCCCGAUGAGCGGUUGAUGGUUAGGAGAGCCAGAACUCCUCAGGUUACGGAUGCUCAUUACGGCCAUCGUCACGGCAAUUCACAGGAUGUGAGAAUUGAGAGUGUCUGA